AUGCUCACUCACAGUAGAUCUGCUUCUCGCGCCAUCAGCAAGCGAUUUCCAGGCAUCUGGCGUCUUUCACAAUCUUCUCAAUAUCACGUCAAAACAUUCAAGCUCAACACUGGCGCAGAAAUCCCAUGCAUCGGUCUAGGCACAUUUCAAGAUCCCGAACAGCAGGAAGACGCUGUGGCAAGUGCUCUGAAACUAGGCUAUCGGCAUAUUGACACAGCCAGAGUCUACGACACCGAAAAGCAAGUCGGCGCCGGAAUUCGCAAAAGUGGCAUAAAACGUGAAGAAAUAUUUCUAACGACUAAACUCUGGUCCAACUCACAUCAUCCCGACGAUGUUGAGCCAGCACUUGAUGAGUCUCUCGAAGACUUGCGAACAGACUAUGUAGAUUUAUUCCUUAUGCAUUAUCCUGCGACUUUCAAACGCGGGAAAGCCAGGUUUCCUCGCGAGGAUGCUUCGGGAGAAAUGCUCAUGGGUGAAACGACUUAUAUUGAUGCUUGGCUGGCGAUGGAGAAACUCUUGGGUACAGGGAAAGUGAAAGCGAUUGGCAUGUCGAAUUUCAGUCGAGGUGAGAUGGAGAAUGUGUUGGAGAAGGGCAACGUCGUCCCUGCUGUCCACCAAAUGGAGCUCCAUCCCUAUCUCGCCCAACACGACUUCACCGCUUGGCACAAACAGCACAAUAUUCAGCUCAUCCAGUUCAGUCCUUUCGCCAACCAGAAUACGUUCUAUAAGCACGGACAGAAUAUGCCGAAGUUGUUGCAAGACCCGAUUCUGCAGGAUAUUGGCAAUAACUAUGGAAGAUCUGCUGCGCAGGUCGCUUUGAACUGGGGAAUCUGCAAAGGUCGUUGUGUGAUUCCAAAGAGUACCAUUGUAGAAGAACAAGAAGAGAACAUGCGCAGUGUGGAAUUUGAGUUGAGUGAAGAGGAUAUCAGGAGGAUCGAUGCCAUGGAUCGGAAGUUGAGGUUCAAUCAUAAGGGACUGAAUUAUGGGUGGAAGUUGUACAGUGAUCUCGAAGGUGUGGACUGA